AUGAGCCGACGGCCGUGUCGAUAUACAAGCCAGCUUUUGCAAGGGCUACGAUGGAGAAGAGCCCUUACUACUUCUAUACAGUUACAAAACGCAGCACGACAACCAUCCCUGUUACAGUUCAAAGAGGAACCUCGGAUAAAUCAAGUUGGUAUCCAGUACUUGUCAAAGCAACUCCACGAAAAAGUUUUCCCAGGGACCAAAACUGAUGCCUAUCUCACCCCAAGGCAUCGCGAACUACUAGAGAUAUCCAAGAGACAUUUAAAAGAGAAUGAGUUGCUAGGCAAAAAGACUCAACUUCGAGAGCCCAUCAACGUGGCAAACUUUCCAGAUUUAGUUGGCAAGUCCUUGGAUGAGCAUUUCUACAAAAUUGGCAAAAAUUCAUCAGAACCGUACUUGACUAUGGCACAAAGUUUCCUCCUGCCCGAUAGCCAGAUCCCACCAAUUCCCGCGCAAGAGACAUGGAUCAUGCAAUCUGGAUGGACGAGAUAUGCCCCAGGAGAAGAACCUCACCAAGUGCCGUACCCUUUGGAAGACGAGUUGGUAUUUGACGUGGAGGUAUUGUACAAGAUUGACAAAUUUGCAUGUCUCGCCACUUGCGCUUCUUCAAAAGCGUGGUACGGCUGGGUCUCACCGGCGCUUAUCGAAGUCGAAGAGGGCAGACCCAAGAGUAAGGUCGACUGGCACCACUUGAUACCCAUGAACUGUGCCAAACAACCAAAAUUAAUUAUAGGUUAUAAUGUGAGCUUUGACCGAGCACGAAUAUUGGAAGAGUACAACGUCAAGAUGUCGAAAGCAUUUUAUUUGGAUGGCAUGGCGUUGCACGUGGCUACUAGCGGCCUAUGUUCUCGCCAGCGGCCGCAAUGGAUGAAAUUUGAUAAACUGCGGAGAAAGGGAGAAGAGGAAGAUGAGGAAGAUGAAGAAGAUGGAGAUGGCGGUGUUAGUGCUGGUACCGGUACUAGCGAUGGGUUAUCUCUUGAGCAGUUUAUUGAGCAAGACCCAUGGUUACUUCAAGGUACAAUGAAUUCCUUGAGCAGUGUUGCCAAAUUCCACUGCGAUAUAAACAUGAAGAAAGAAGAUCGAGAAUUUUUCGCCUCCCAGGACCCCAGUGUUGUUGUUGAAAAUUUCAACUUGUUGAUGAACUAUUGCGCUCACGACGUUGAUGCCACCUUCAAAGUCACUAGGAAAUUGUUUCCCGAUUUCUUUGCAAAGAUUCCUCACCCGGUUUCCUUUGCCGCGUUGAGGCAUUUGGGAGCGUUGAUCUUGCCAACAACAAAGAAAUGGUUAACCUAUAUUGAAUCAGCUGAAGCCUGCUACAACAAGAACAGAUUGGAAGUGACGCACACGUUGGAAGAAUUGGCUGCCAAUCUCAUCAAAUAUAUCAAAGAGGAUAAACCAGAGUUGGAGCCAGACCAUCAAGAAGACCCUUGGCUUGCCCAGUUGGAUUGGACAUUGAAACAGCCCCGGUUAAAGAAAGAUGGCACUCCAAUGAAAAACAACGCCUACAUGUGUGGUUACCCGGAGUGGUACCGAGACUUGUACAAGACCCCUGGAGAGCCUGCCGGCACGGUUAUGUCAUUGACACUAAAGUCCAGAAUCACUCCGCUCUUGUUGAGGUUGAAAUGGGAAGGGUACCCUUUAUUUUGGGUCGAUUCACAAGGAUGGUGUUUCAAAGUACCUUUUGACGAGGAUAUUAUGGAGUCUUUGAAACAGAAACACUAUGUGCGAGCCAUUUUGACUGAGGAGGAAAUUGACGCAACAUACGAUGCGUUGAAUCAGCUUGGAAAGUCUUUUGUUUUAUUCAAGGUGCCACAUCCCGACGGACCCAAGCUGAGGUGCACCUCGGUGCUUUCCAAAAGUUAUCUCAAGUAUUUUGAAAACGGAAUAAUGACCUCUCAGUACGAGUACGCCACCAAGAUUUUAAAACUCAACAAUACUGCUUCGUAUUGGACGGGAAACAGGAGACGCAUUAUGGACCAAUUUGUUGUGUUCAACGAAAAGGGCAAGAACAAAUUUUUCGACACCAAAAAGGAAAGCGAAGAGCAUAAGCAAAUGGGGAUCAUCCUUCCCUCAUUGGUUUCCAUGGGUACUGUAACUCGCAGAGCAACGGAAAAUACUUGGCUCACCGCGUCCAAUGCCAAAAAGGAUCGGAUCGGGUCGGAGCUCAAGUCGUUGAUCGAAGCUCCCCGGGGCUAUUGCUUUGUAGGAGCCGAUGUCGACUCGGAAGAAUUGUGGAUAGCUUCGCUCGUGGGCGACUCGAUGUUUGAAAUGCACGGGGGAACAGCGAUGGGCUGGAUGACGUUGGAGGGGGAAAAAUCGGAAAAGACCGAUUUGCAUUCUAAAACAGCUGCUAUUUUGGGGAUUUCGCGAAACGAUGCCAAAGUGUUCAACUAUGGAAGAAUUUAUGGCGCAGGGUUAAAAUUUGCCACACGACUAUUGAAACAGUUUAACCCGAGAAUAAGUGACGAAGACGCCGCUGCGACGGCCAAGAAAUUGUACACUAGCACCAAGGGUAUGAUCCAGGGGUCGAAAUUGUUGGAGAAAAAAGUUUAUUACGGUGGAACGGAAUCCAUCAUGUUCAAUGCGUUGGAAGCCAUUGCUCAGCAGCAGGAACCACGAACACCCGUUCUUGGUGCCAAAAUCACCGACGCAUUGAAAGUGGAGAAUUUGAACAAGAACACUUAUAUGACCUCUCGUGUCAACUGGACGAUUCAAAGUUCAGGCGUUGAUUACUUGCACUUGUUGAUUGUCUCGAUGGAGUAUCUCGCCGCAAAGUACAACAUUGAGGCGAGGUUGGCCAUCACCGUGCAUGACGAGUUGCGAUACCUUGUCAAUGAAAAGGACAAGUACGUUGCCGCUUUGUUGUUGCAAAUUAGUAACUUGUGGACCAGAGCAAUGUUUUGUGAGCAAUUGGGGAUCAAAGAGCUUCCUCAAUCGUGUGCGUUUUUUUCCGAAGUUGACGUUGACCAUGUGUUGCGAAAAGAGGUUAGUAUGCCGUGCGUAACGCCAUCUCACCCGGAACCGAUUCCAGUUGGAGAAUCAUUGAGCAUUGAAACUUUGCUCGAGAAAACCAACGGUGGUGACGCAUUAAAGGAAUACGAUCCGAAACCGUUGACGUUGAGAACAACAAAGUAUUCAGUGCGUGAUCCAAUAAUCCACGACUUGAGUAAAGGGUUGUCAGCAGAAUGCAGAAUUGCUUUGACGCGACUUCAAACAGCUUUAGAUAAGGAGGACUGGAGGAGCAGUUUACGGAAAUACAGAAGCGCCAAGAAUUUUGCAGACUCCCAGCUUCGAAAAGGAUUCUCUAUGGAGGUGAUUGAUGCUAGAAUGAGAAACAGAGACGAAAACAGCGCAAGCGUUAAGGAGGAUGAACUUUAUCACAGGAAAAGAAUAUCGUCAAAGACUCAGGCAAUGAGUGCUGGAAUAGUGAGCAAACGACGCAAUGCUUCAGGAGCAUUUAUUGCUGAGUACGACUUGGAAGAAGAGCACAAGAAACAGAUGCCAAAUGGAGUUGCAGGGAAGCCCAAAUAUAAGAAGGUUCCAGACAAAGUGGCAAAGAAGGACUCGAAUGGUGAUGUAAGUAGUUUUGCACCCAGAAAAGCUACGACAAGUGAGGCCAAACCAAAGAAAAAUGUCACUUUUGACAAACAGUCGAAAACUAAGAAGACCUCCACCUCGACUUCAAGUCGCAAAAAUACAAGAGCGGAACCAGCCAUUGCAACAGCUUCCGCUUCUUUUUCUUCUUUUUCCCCACUAAAGUCCAACGGAUCAAAACCUGCAUCUGGCACAAGCUUGGCACCUAGUAAACGAAAUCAGCAGGGCAAUACCAACUUCACACUCCCAUUUAUUCCAUUAUUACAUGCACCACCACCACCGCAUCCAUUACCACCACAUCCACCACAAAUGGGCAAUGCAGCGCAAGCGGAAACAAGUCAAUUUGUGGUUGACUCCGGUUUGCUGCAUAGUAGGCACACGCACAAGCACACAGCUGAGAUUGACCGAGGUCACCUUGGACGGCGACGACGAGAAGAAGAUCAAAGUUUGGAAUCAAUUGGCAGUCAAGUUCAGGAUAAGAUAUCAUUAUCUGCUGCAGAUGGAUACGAGCCGCACGUAGCAAAAGCGAAUGAGGCUCGCAAAGAUGAAAAACUAUACCACAAACCAUUUCGAGAUAGAUUUAACCAAAGUGGGAAACUAUUGUUAUGA